AUGGUUUGUUUCGCCUCUGCGUUGUUAUUGACGUUGACGGCUCUCACUGCCGCCAGUAGUAACCACGACAACUUACUAGAACGCAUCGAUAAAACUCAUUCACUUUUAUCUAGCAAAGGACCGACUUUUGAUGUCUUGAACCACUACGAUUCUAUGGUCCAAGAUCUCGAAUCUUACACUGGAACCGACUUGAAGGUGAUCUCUCAGUUGCCUCAGUUGUAUUAUAAAAAAGCAUUGAUAGAACUCAGUUUAAACCGAGAAAUUCGUGCCAUUGAUGAUCUUAAGCGGGUACUUGAAUUGGACCCAUCAAUGGUUCCGGCCCGAACAAAAAUUGUUGAGUUAAUGAUGGAACGAGGAGACGUCAACGGACUCAUGGCAAUCACCAAAGUGCUAGAUGAGACCGAAGAGUCUGUUGUGAAGGAGAAAAUUGCCGCCUACAACCAUCAGAUGGAAGAAGCAGAAAAGUGCAAAUCUACAAAAGAUUACCCAAAGUGCAUGGAACACGCCCAGGGAGCUAUUGAACUUGCUCCUCUUGGAUUUGCACCAUACCAGUUGCAUUUAGAGUGCUCUAAACAUGGUGAAUUGUCACCUGAUACUUAUAGACUUAUCAUCAGGGACCUUGCUCACAUGAUCAAACACCAAAAGUCAUCGAAUCUUUCGUGGUACGAGGAGAUAGCCGGGUUUUUGCUCUAUUUCACGAGUCAGUUUGACCAGGCAAAAACUUAUAUCAAGCAGUGUAUAAAGGUUGAUAACGAGUUCAAAGACUGCACUGGAGAAUCCAAGUUCUAUUCCAAAUAUGGCGACUUUCUCAAAGUAUUAGAGGCCUACUCGAUCCAGCUUGGUCACUUGUACGUCGUGGCAGAGCAGGGAUCCUCCAAAGAGGUGGAUGAUUUACAGGUAGACUUCGAAAAAAUUGCCACCUUUUUAUUUAAAGAUGAGCUCAAGGUGACCAAACUUGAAUCGAAAAAACUACCAUAUUCCGUCAAGACGAAUUACGAUUAUUUGAUUUACAAACAACAAGGGUUUGUCAAGAAGUACUUGGGUUCCAAAUUCAAAGGAGAAUUUCAGUUUGUUCACGAUAUUGACAGACUCGGAUGUGAAGCCCUCGUUUCAACAAAUAGACAAAAAGAAGCAGAGUCGUUUUGCAAAAAGGUACACGAUGUACCAGAGAACAAGUUUCUUCCUAAAUACCUCAAAGAAAUUGAUACUUUAUUGGCCAACAAGAAAUAUCAAGAGGCACACAAUAUGUUGGAGCUGUUUAAUAACCAAGUCAAGCACACAAGACAGUUUCAAAAAAGAGCUGCUAUUAUAGAAGAAUACCAAAGAAAAGUGCAUGCGAGACAGCAGCAGCAACAACAAAGACAAUUCCACCGCCAACAACAGCAGCGCCAACAGCAGCAACAGCAGCAAAGACACAGUUAUGAUGUCAAAAAGGACUACUACAAAAUUUUAGAUAUCGGCCGAGAUGCCGACGAAAAGACCAUUCGCAAAGCCUACCGUGCCAAGACACUCAAAUAUCAUCCAGAUAAGCAAAAAGGAAGUGGUUUGACCCCAGAGGAGAUGGAAGCCAAAAUGCAAGAGGUCAAUCAAGCUUAUGAAGUUUUGUCAGACAAAGAGUUAAAAGAACGUUACGACAGAGGAGAUGAUCCCAAUGAUCCUCGGGGAGCCGGAGGAGGAGGUGGUGGAUUUCAACAUGGUGGAGGACCUGGAUUUCAAUUCAACGGAGACUUUUUCAGCCAGUUUAUGAACCAAGGUGGUGGGGGAGCCCAUUUCAAUUUUGGGGGAUUUGGGGGACAGCAAAAGGUGAAGGUGAAGCGCAACAAGAAACAAAGAAAUUAG